UUUCUUUGUUUUCUCGUGUCCGAUUGACAUACUCGAUAUCAGCAAUGUUUUCAUCCAUUGUUGAUCAAAAUUUAACACCAGAAAAGUUAGCGAAUCUUAAAUAUUACAAGUAUAAUGCAGUGGAUAAAUCUUUGCUGUCUCGAUAUCUGCUACGGCACUACUGGGAUUGGGCCAGCGACUUCUUCCCAAAGAGUAUGGCUCCCAACCUUAUCACCUUAACUGGAUUUAUGUUUAUUUUGUUUAACGUGGCUUUAGCAUGGUACCUGGCGCCGACUUUGGACAUAGACGAAGAUCCACCCCGAUGGAUUUAUCUCAGCUACGCUGCUGGAAUCUGGCUUUAUUCUACAUUCGAUAACGUCGACGGACGACAAGCACGACGUACAAACAGCUCAAGCCCCCUUGGUGAAUUGUUUGAUCAUGGCUGCGACGCUUUAAACACGAUUUUUUCGUCAGUAAUUCAAGCAGGUGCGCUUGGAUCCGGACAUUCUCGUGCAACAGUGCUGCUAUGCUUGAUUGAGGCUUUUGGGUUCUAUCUGUCCACUCAGGAAGAGUACCAUACUGGUGUAUUGUACUUGGGCUAUGUAAAUGCACCAACUGAAGGGAUUGUCCUUGCACUAGUAGUUUUUACGAUUUCCGGUAUCUUUGGCCCUGCCAUUUGGCGUACCCCAGUAGGUCAUAUUAUUCCGUAUCUGCCCCCACCGAUCGCUUCCAUGUCUUUCUCACAUGGCUGGAUUGCUCUUGUGGGCUCGUUCCUUGUGACCACCCACGUUCCAUUAUGCUUCUACGCAAUGUAUAAAGCUUGCCGUAAGCAGGGCAAGCCUUUCCUAUCAACUGUCACCGCAGAAUGCGUACCAAUAGCGGUAUACUGUUCUGCAGUGUAUGCAUGGUGCAUGUCGCCUCACUCAUUUAUUCUGUCGCAUCACUACCUUGUCCCUUAUUUUGUUGCUAUUGGCAUUGUAUUUGGUCGCAUGGCAUCGAAAAUUAUUUUGGCUCAUCUGACGAGAUCUGCUUUUCCUAAGUUCACCAUACUAUUGGUCCCAUUGGUGCUUGGUGCUGUUGUCGUGAACUUACCAAACAUUCCUGGCAUACCCGAGCUGCUUACCCCUCAAUUCGAGUUAACUUAUAUAUAUUGCUUAUUAAUAUUUGCAACCGUUGUUUACUUGCGAUGGGCCGUUGCUGUCAUUAAUGCCUUCUGUUCAUACCUUGGUAUCCGAUGCUUUACUAUUACAACGAAGAAGCCGCAGUCCAAGGCAAAUUAAAUUAAUCAUACUAUCCAUCCCCCUUUUCCCCCGUGAAACAUAUUAUAUAACGUAGCACCAGCAAGUAUUCGAUGUACAAAUCUAUUGAACAAUCACAGGAUGUAUAUGUAGCCCACACAUCAUACUGUAUCCCAUCCCUUUUUCCCCUUUUAAAUAUUUUUAAAG